UGACUCUAUCGCAUGACAUGUGAUUCAAUUGAAUCCAACUCUUGAGAAAGUGUUUCAAAGUGGUGUCCAUUAUCUUCUCGCCAUACCAUACAACCACUGCAUCCACUAUAAGAUGGCGUCGAGAGUGGUUUACUUGAAUCGAUUCAUGUCUUCGGCCAAACUUCUUAAACCAAACUCUUAUCUGUGUUUGCAUUCAACGAGUGUUCGGUCGAUGUCUUCGUAUUGUCUUCGGUAUGAUUGGAGAAAAGGACAUCAUUUGAGACAUCGAAGUGAAUGUGUUUUGCAAAAUGUCCAGACAUUGAGUCUUAGUUUGAAUCCAAUGAGACAUAAGUCUAAUAAUAAUAAUAAACCUGAAGAUAAUCCCGAAGUGACUGAGGAAGAAGUGUCUGAAGAACUCGACCGACUUAUGGAAGACAAUCAAAGGACAGCCUCUUUGGCAGCCAUUACUGUUCCGGAGGAAUGGUCUGAAGUGCCUGUCAUUGCAAUUCAUAGGAAUCCUGUAUUUCCGCGAUUUAUCAAAAUAAUCGAGAUUUCAAACCAAUCUCUUAUGGAAAGUAUGAGACGUAUAGUGAAACUGAAUCAUCCGUUUGUCGGCAUUUUCAUGACUAAAGACUCGUCCAAAGACUCGGAAGUCGUCGACACAUUAGAAGAGUUGCAUUCUGUCGGCACUUUCGCUCAAAUCCAUGAAAUGCAAGACUUGGGAUCAAAACUAAGACUUAUUCUUAUGGCUCACCGAAGGAUCAAAAUUGUGCGACAAAUCACAGAUGAAAGCGAGAAGAAGUCGACAAAACCUGCGGACAAAGUGACGCGAAAAUCAAUUCGCAAAAGGCGUUCAUCUAAUGGCGUUAAAGUAGAAAAAGAGUUGCCGUCUAAUGACAUAUUUGUGAGCAAAGAACCAGUUCUUGCUGUUGAGGUCGAGAACUUGAAGGACGAGCCGGUGGUCAUGAAUGAAGAGAUCAAAGCAUUGACACAAGAAAUUGUUAAAACUAUUCGCGACAUAAUAUCAAUGAAUCCACUCUAUCGCGAGUCAAUCCUCCAGAUGAUCCAAUCGGGACAGCGAGUGAUCGAUAAUCCCAAUUUCCUGUCAGAUUUGGGCGCAUCCCUGACGGGCGCCGAUCCCAAUGAACUCCAAGAGAUACUCAACGAGACAAAUGUCUCGAAACGAUUGUAUCUAUCGUUAAAUCUAUUGAAAAAGGAGUACGAGUUGAGUAAAUUGCAGCAAAAGAUCGGCAAAGAAGUGGAGGAGAAGGUUAAGCAACAGCACAGGAAGUAUAUGCUCUUCGAACAGCUCAAAGCCAUUAAGAAAGAGUUGGGUCUCGAGAAGGACGACAAGGACGCCAUCGAAGAGAAGUUUAGGGCGAAGAUUAAAGAUCUAACGGUUCCUCAACACGUCAUGGAAGUGAUUGAUGAAGAGCUGAAUAAGUUGUCGUUUUUGGACAACCAUUCGUCCGAAUUCAGUGUAACCCGUAAUUACUUGGAUUGGCUCACAUCCAUGCCAUGGGGUCUGUCCACCGAUGAGAACCUGGAUAUCGCAAAGGCUUCUAAAGUGCUCGACGACGACCACUACGGUAUGGAUGACGUGAAGAAACGCAUUCUCGAGUUCAUUGCUGUCAGUAAACUGAAGGGUACGACUCAGGGAAAGAUACUUUGCUUUCACGGACCACCCGGUGUCGGCAAAACAAGUAUUGCUAAGUCUAUUGCUAAGGCUCUCAAUAGAGAAUAUUUCAGGUUUAGUGUGGGAGGGAUGACAGACAUCGCAGAAAUUAAGGGUCACAGACGUACAUACGUGGGCGCAAUGCCCGGCAAAAUAAUACAGUGCCUUAAGAAAACUAAGAGUGAGAACCCAUUGGUGCUUAUCGAUGAAGUGGACAAAAUAGGUCGUGGCUAUCAGGGCGACCCCUCCGCUGCUUUACUCGAACUUUUAGAUCCCGAACAAAACGCAAACUUUUUAGACUAUUAUUUAGACGUUAACACAGAUUUGUCUAAAAUAUUGUUCAUUUGUACGGCCAAUGUGUUGGACACCAUUCCUGAACCACUUAGGGAUCGAAUGGAAAUGAUUGAAGUGUCCGGUUAUGUGGCUGAAGAGAAGGUCGCCAUUGCCGAGCGAUAUCUCAUACCUCAAGCGCAUAACCUGACGGGUCUUGACAAUGAAAAGGCUUUCAUAACACCAAAUGCUUUGCAAACUCUCAUCAAAUUUUAUUGUCGAGAGAGCGGAGUUAGAAAUCUUCAGAAACAUAUCGAAAAGAUAAUGAGGAAAAGUGCUCUUCAAAUUGUGAAUGGAGUGACACAUGCAGUCAAUAUUGAUGUCCCGAAUCUACAAGAUUUUGUUGGCAAACCUCUGUUCACUCACGACCGUAUGUACACUGAGACGCCUCCCGGAGUGGUGAUGGAGUUGGCGUGGACUGCGAUGGGCGGCUCGACUCUCUUUAUAGAAACGGCUAAAUUGAAGCGAUUGGUAGCUAAGAAGUCGGAUACCGAUCGUGAAAGUGAAGGUCAUCUGCAACUGACGGGCCAUUUGGGAGAUGUGAUGAAAGAAAGCGCUAAAAUUGCUUAUUCUUUCGCGAAGUCAUUCCUCUUGGAAUUGGAUCCAAACAAUGGUGUGCUUCAGAAUACAGACAUUCACCUCCAUGUGCCAGAAGGGGCCACACCUAAAGACGGUCCCAGUGCCGGCUGCACAAUGGUUACGGCACUGCUCUCUCUGGCCCUCAACCAACCCGUCAAACAAAACUUUGCGCUCACAGGAGAGCUCUCACUCACCGGUAAAGUACUGCCCGUCGGAGGCAUUAAAGAGAAGAUAAUCGCCGCUAAGAGAGUGGGCGUCGACUGCAUCUGUUUGCCAGAAGAAAACAAAAAGGAUUUUUCAGAUUUACCACAAUUUAUAACAGAAGGCAUAACCGUUCACUUUGUCUCCCAUUAUAAAGACAUUUUCAAUAUAGCAUUCAACUAUUGA